UAAUAAACAACAAAUUUAUGUAUCAAUACUUCCUAAUGAUGAUUACAUCAGCGCCGAAAUGAUAAAAGCAUUUGGCAGCAAAUCUAGCUAUUUACUAGCAUAAAUGAUUUAUUUACACGCACUAAAUUGCGAUACCGUAUAAUAAGGCCAUUUGAUAUAUAAUUAGUAAUAUGAUAUGAUAAUUAUUAAAAUUAGUUUGUGAUUAUGAUUCAGUAAUAAAAUAUAAGGUGACAUGGUAAAGUUGAUUCAGUUAUAAACGCGCUGCGAUGCGAUCAGUGUGGAUAUAUGUGGCGCUUCUGAGUCACUCGUUUUAUUCAACGGAAGCGAAGGAUAUUGAGAGUUUUCAAAAUGCUACCGCUAUCAGAAACAAACCCAAAGUAGAAGCGUUGUUCAAAUCUCUACUGGCCUUGCUCGAGGAAAACCAAUCCAAUCAUAGUACUGAAAACAUCCAAGAGAGCAGUUCAGAUAUAAAUACAACUGGAUUGUCGGGAGGAUAUCCCAGCCACUGUCCCACCUAUCCGUCUGCCCACGGAAUCUAUACCGUUCAGGUGUUGGGACUGGAGCCCUUCCAGGUGUCCUGCGAUACAGAGAUUGCCGGAACUGGAUGGACUGUGAUGGCCCGUCGCACCAGCAACAAGUUGAACUUCUUUCGCAGCUGGGCGGAGUACAAAAACGGCUUCGGGCAGCUCGAUGGAGAUUUCUUCAUUGGCUUGGACAAAUUGCAUGCCAUAACUAAGUCACAGCCCCAUGAGUUAUACAUACACCUUGAGGACUUUGAAGGACAGACACGAUAUGCGCAUUACGAUGAAUUCUUUGUCGAAAGCGAAAACAAAUUUUAUGCAAUGACCAAGCUGGGGGGAUUUACCGGCGACGCAGGGGACUCCAUGAUGCACAACAGGAACCAAAACUUCUCCACUUUCGAUAGGGACAAUGAUGGGUGGCACAAAAACUGUGCCGAGGAGUAUGUGGGUGCUUGGUGGCAUGUGAACUGCACUUACAGUAAUCUAUUCGGCAUCUAUGUGAAAGGUGAUGAGGGCCAGUACUUUCAGUGGAAGGGAAUCGUCUGGCACUCUUGGCGCAAUGAGAGUUAUUCCUAUAAAGUGAUGCAAAUGAUGGUUCGACCGAAAUGCUAUUGCUCAAGAUAGAAAAAGGGUUACGUUGCAACCUUUAGCCAUAUAAAAUAGUUGUUGUU